AGUCAGGGAAUUACAUAUCGAUAUUUUCGUCUUACAGCGUAACAGUCUGACAUAGGAUUUGGGCAGAGGCAGAUAACAGCGUUCGGAAAUAUUAGUGCAUAUUAUAAGAGAAGGCGUGCAUAUCAUAGGAGAAUGAAUCGUGGAAUACAGGAACUGGAUUCUGUUUGGAGGGCGAUUAAACCAUGGGGAAAAUUUCAGCUUUUCCAGCUUUUCCUUCUUCUACUGGAUUUUUCUCCAGCAUGUUUUGCUAUUUUAAGCGCUGUCCUUACUGGACAUAUUCCUGAAUACACUUGCGAUGUACCAGAGACAGGUGAUAAUGAAACGGAUCUGCACGACAAUUUCACGUAUAAGGCCUCUCAGUGUGAAUACGACGUCUACAAACAUAUUGGAAACACGUCGGCACUUGUAGAAACUAGAAAAUGUGACAAGUUUACAUUUUCAAACACGCUGUCAUAUGCAUAUGAGUGGAACCUAGUAUGUUCUCGGGCAAAUCUAGCCGCUCUAGCACAGUCUUUGGUACUUGCCGGACAGGGUCUAGGAGCUUUGAUAAUGUCUCAUUUAGCAGACAGAUACGGCCGCAAGACGGUGCAUGUGAUAUCUCACAUAGGUGUAAUGGCAACAAUGGCAGUUAUGGCGUCCUCAACAAAUAUAUACAUGCUACUUACCCUGAGGCUAGUAACUGGCACCUUUCAACAGGGAAUUGUUUGCACUGGAAAAAUUCUAGCACUAGAAAUGUUUCCACGAGAAGUCCGUUCACACACAGAAGUUGCAACUUUUCUGGCAUGGUCAGUAGGCAUAAUGGUCCUCACAGUAUUUGGAUAUGCAUUCCGCGGACUUGACUGGCGCUACCUCCAGUUAGGACUGGCUGCAUUUUCACUUUAUGCUCUAGCCGAAUGGUGGAUGCUAGAAGAAUCCGUCAGGUGGUUAAUUUCAAAUGGAAAAAUCGACAAAGCGAAGAGAAUUUUGAAAAAGGCUACAAAAUGGAAUGGAGUUGGCUACAAGGAAACAGAAGAACUUCUUAAUCAAUGUGUCCAUAUUCCAACAACAGAAGCUGAAAGGUCAGACUCUAGUGACACGGAGAUGGAUUUAUUUGGCAGUAAAAACGACACUUUAUUAGAUGGAAAGAAACCUCAAGUUGACAAUAAGCUGCGUAACCCAACAGUCGAGAAAUACAAUGUCAUUGACAUUCUCAAAAACCCUGCCUUGAGAGCGAAUACACUUAUCCUGUGGUAUUCUUGGAUAGUGGCAACGGGGACAUACUAUGGUCUCACACUUGUGUCCUCUCACUUGGCUGGGGAUCGAUUCGUCAACUUCUUUUUGAGUGGCGUUAUCGAAGUGCCCCCACUUCUUCUUGAAAUUUAUCUUUUUAACAAGAUUGGACGUAAAAGAACGAUGGUUUUGUGGUUCGGUACAGCGGGAGUGUCUCUAAUCAUAUCAACGGCACUGCUCACUGUAUUCAAGAACAAUGCAGGCGAGACAGUGGCAACAGUGUUUUCUCUCAUAGGGAAAGCUUCCAGCACUGGCUGCUUCAGCACUGUGUUCUUGUAUACUCCAGAGAUAUAUCCUACAAAUUACAGAAAUAGUGGUCUCGGUAUAGCAUCUUCAAUAUCACGCAUCGGCGGAAUCUUAGCUCCCUUUGUUAGCAAUUUGGUAAAGCUUUUAAUGGAAGGUGGAGUUCUAGAGUUUGACUCCGUUUGGAGGAAGAUUAAACCCUGGGGAAAAUUUCAGAUGUUCCAGUUUUGUCUUAUUCUCAUAGAUUAUGUUCCUGCGUGUUUUGCAAUUUUAAGCGCUGUCUUUACUGGGUAUAUACCUGAUUACACGUGCGAAGUGCCACCGUCUGCAAACGGAACUUCAGAAAAGGAUAAUUUCACUUACGAGGCAGGUGAAUGUGACUACGACGUCUAUCUACGCGACGGAAAUACGUCAGUAUUUGUAGAGAAGAGGGAUUGUGACGGGUUUAUUUAUUCAAACACACUGACUUAUGCAUACGAGUGGAAUCUGGUAUGCUCACGGUCAAAUCUAGCCGCCCUGGCACAGUCGUUGGUACUUGCCGGCCAGGGUCUAGGAGCACUGAUAAUGUCUCAUCUAGCAGACAGAUUUGGCCGGAAGACGGUUCACGUGCUUGCCCAUAUAGGUGUAAUGGUGUCCAUGGUUAUAAUGGCGUUCUCAACUAAUAUUAUCAUGUUGUUAACACUUAGGCUAAUCACAGGGACAUUUCAACAGGGCAUUGUAUGCACUGGAAAAAUCCUGGCGUUAGAGUUGUUUCCACGAGAAGUUCGUUCACAUACAGAAGCAGCAUCAUUUAUUGCAUGGUCUGUAGGCAUAAUGAUCCUCGCACUAUUUGGAUAUAUUUUCCGUGGGGUAGAUUGGCGCUAUCUUCAGAUCGGACUAGCAGCAUUUUCUUUUUACGCCUUGUUUGAGUGGUGGAUGCUGGAAGAAUCAGUUAGAUGGCUACUUACCAACGGAAAGGUUAAACAAGCUAAGAAGAUUUUGAAGAAAGCAACAAAGUGGAAUAAGGUUGAAUACAAGAAAAUCGAGGAUCUUCCUCAUUUGUCUGAAAAAUCGAAAUCAGUUGAAACUGAGAUUAACACGAUUGGAAGUUCAUAUGACACGCUACAAGAUGGUGGCGAGAAGGGGAAACGUGAUAAAACAGCGGUAAAAUACAAUGUCAUCGACAUUCUCAAAAACCCUAAGCUGAGAGUGAAUACACUUAUCCUGUGGUAUUCAUGGAUAGUGGCAACGGGGUCAUAUUAUGGUCUUACACUGGUGUCAACUCACUUGGCCGGGGACCGGUUCGUCAACUUCUUUUUGAGCGGCGUUAUAGAGGUUCCAUCACUUCUGCUGGAGUUCUACCUGUUCAACAAGAUUGGGCGUAAAAGAACAAUGAUUCUAUGGUUUGCUACAGCAGGAGUGUCUUUAAUUAUCUCAACUGCACUGCUCACUGUAUUUAAGGAUGAUGUGGUGGAGACAGUGGCCACCGUGUUUUCUCUCAUAGGAAAAUCAGCCAGCACUGGAUGUUUUAGCACAGUGUUCUUGUACACGCCAGAAAUAUAUCCUACAAAUUACAGAAACAGUGGUCUCGGUAUAGCUUCCUCAAUUUCACGUAUUGGUGGAAUUUUGGCGCCCUUUGCCAGCAAUCUGGCAUUGAUAGCGUUAUGGAUACCCGGUGCAAUAUUUGGCGGGAUGUGUUUGUUGGUUGUGCUUCUAGCAAUACGACUUCCGGAAAGCGCCGCCCAUGAACUUCCUACAACGAUUGCUGAGUGCGAUAAAUGGGAACAGGACAAUAUAUCGUCAGUGUCAUUUGAAGUUAAACCUGACCCAUCUGACGAAGGUGGAGAAAAGUCUGUCAGACUUUAAGCUGGCAAGGCUGUUGAAGUUGUUGAAUAGUCUGUGAAGUCAGUCAAUACAAAAGAUACAGACUGGAAAUUCAAAUGAAACUGUUACAUUUAUAUAUGUAAUAUAUUUUAUAUCUAUAUCUACUUUUUUAUUCAAAGACUUGUUUUCCAAUUCUAA